AUGGGUUAUAAAGUAUUCCUCGUUUUUAUCCUGCUGCAUGUAUGUGUUGUUAUGGGAUGUUUUGAGACCAUCUUUCGUUGCUUGCAUCCAAAUCUUAAGACCUCCGACGAAGAGGACCAAACACAACACUGUUCUAGGUUGACUACAUAUUGUCGAAAUUUGUGUGGGUUGAAAAAUCCGCGCAGUUGUGGCAAAUAUAAAGCGUGCUUCGAGCAAUGCAUGCAAAAUAACAAAACCAUGACAUUCUCUCAAGGACUGACUCAUGCAAACGGGAAAAUUAUUCUAUGA